CCGGGCCCUGAAUCCCGCCCACUUCAGAACUCAACACGUUAUCUGUGGCGCUGCGCUGUUUUUCUGUGUUUCUGUUCUGCUGCGUGGCGACUUCAGCAUCUGACGAGAUUUCAGCAAUCUAAUUAAUAUAUAAUGACUUUAGAUCAAAUGUUUUCUUAUUUAUUUGCAUAUAUACAUUUAUAACAGAGGUCGAUUUUAGAGUUUUAAAGACUUUGAGUUCAAACAUGCAGAGCGGCGAAAUAAAACAACGAAAAAAGACUUCAGAUGUCAAAGAAAACGGAAAGAAGAGAAAAUCAGAAGAUAAAGUUAAAGAUGAACUCAAAAGAGAAGCAGAAGAGAAAGAAAACACGAUUAAAAGUUCAGAUAUGAAGCUCGUCAUGAGUUUGAUGUCUCUCGCGAUCUCUUUAGUGUUGAUGUGGGCUCUCUAUCAACAGAAUGUAAAGUUUGCAGAAAUGAAAGAAGAAUACGAGCAUUUAUAUGAGAAGACACGAGACGUCCUCGAGCUCCAGUCACAGAUGACCACAGUCGCAGAAAAGCUGCAGGCUUCCAUAGAUGAAUAUGAUGAGAUUCUGACCUCCGUGACCCUGAUGACAAAGAUCAAACACGACAUCGCCUUCAUCCACGACACGUCCACAGUACUGCAGGAGCACCAGGAGACGUCUUCACUCCAAUAUCAAACCAUAAACAACCGCUUCCAGAACAUCACGGAGACGUGGAGGAGCAGACAGACAGACGUGAGCGACGACCUGAACGAGCUGAAGACAGAAUCACGGUCCACGCACGGACGCAUCACGGAGCACGUCAAUGCCGUAGACGGACGUCUGCGCGUCCUGAGUGAACGUCUGCAGGAGGUGGAGGACGGCGUCAAGAGAAACGCACGAGUGUUGGAUCGGACCGAGGAGGAGGACGCAAGGAAAGUCCAGGAGCUUCUGGACUGGAACUCUGGACGGGUUUCUAAACUCCAGGAGAAGCUCAGAUCUCUGACCAGGAGCCGUGAGGACCUCCAGAAGAGGCUGGAGAAGACGCUUCCUCACGUCAAACAGUGGGAGAGCCGUCUGCCGGACGUAGAGGAGUCUGUCCGAUCUAUGCUUAAACUCCGAGCUCAGCUGAGCGACACAGAGAGGAGAUUAAAGGAGCUGACGCUACAGGUGCAGGACACAGAGGAGAAGAUGUUGAGGACAGAACUCAUCACAUGAACGCUGCUGGUGAUCCUGGAGUGACUCGAGAUCUCAAACACUUACAGUCUGAAUGACAUCAAAGAAACAAUCUGAGCACACAGUAUUGAUGUGUGUUUAUCUGCUGUUCCACGUGAAUGUUUUAAUUAUGGAGUUAAAUCAUUGUCAGUAUUGUCAUGUAUUUUUAAAUAUAACACAUUUAAUUUCUGCAUAAAGUUUGAGCUCAGGUUCUUGUGUAUCAUGUGACAAGUAUACAAGAGAAAAAUGAUUGAUUAUAGAUCUAAUACAGUACUAGAAGAAUAAUAAAAUCUAUUAUUAUUAUUAAUAAACUAAUAUAUUUAGCAUUCCUGUACGUCACAUGAUGUCAUUCUUACUGUGUCAGGACUCAAAUAUUUCAUUAUAUUUGACUUUAAUGAUAUCUAAUGUGUUGGUCUGUAUACGCUUUAUUUAACACUUAUUUUUGUUUAGAGUCAUUUAUAUUUUUGCAUUUGGCAGAUGUGACUUGUGGUGCAUUCGAGAUGUAUAUUUUCUCAUAUAUAUUGUUAUAGAUAUGUAUAAAGUCUAGAUGACUCGCCCGCGCUGCUGGCCGAUUGAGUGGAACAUCCGCAUUUGGUGGCCAUCUUACCACAGGGCGCUCGCUCACUCGUAGCAUUGAGUAAAUGACCAUAACUUGCUUAAUUUUCUACCGAUUUCAAACGGUUUGGUUUGUUAUAAACGUCAAAGAUGUACCUAUGACACUGCAUACUAAAAACAUUUUUUGAAACAUGUUAAAGCAUCCAUUAUAUUAUAGCCACGAAUUAUAGCCACGUUAAUAAUGUUUGUAAUAAACCAAACCGUUUGAAAAUCGGUAGAAAAUUGAGCAAGUUAUGGUCAUUUAAAAGUACCUGCACCAUUAAAACUCAAUGUUAUGAGUGAGCGAGCUGUCUGAGGUAAGAUGGCCGCCAGAUGAUGACGUUAGAGACUCCACCGUAACACAUCUAGCCUUUAUACAGAUCUAUGGUUAUCUUGAUAUCACUGCUGUUGUGUCUCUUAUGAAUGAUUUGUGCUCCAGAUGUUUUGCUGAUUUUAAUAAAACUAGAUGCUAUCUGAA